AUGCCCUCAGAUGGCUGUUCCAAUGCCGAUACAGUAUCAUCAAGCAGGCCUCCUAAAACUGUUGGAACCAGGACUGUUAAAGCUGCUGACGCCCCGACAGGCGAGCACGGAAGUGCUUCCGAGAAUGACGCAAAGUACCUUGAAAAUGGAGAUAAGGAACAGACAGAGGAGGAUAUGGUCAUUGUUGACUGGGAUGGACCCUCCGAUACUUCAAACCCGAAAAAUUGGCCAUACCGCACGAAAUGGGUGGCGACGCUCGUCGUGUCAUCGUUCACCUUCAUAUCACCUGUCUCGUCGGCAAUGAUUGCACCUGCAAGCGACCAGGUAGCCCAUGACUUUGGAAUAACGAACGAUGUGCUUAUAGCUAUGACGACAAGCGUCUUCCUGCUGGGUUAUGCUUGGAACACCGGAUGUGGCUUCGCAAAAAAUGCAACCCAGUUGCUUCUGUUCAGAUUCCUAGCUGGAGUGGGGGGAGGUGCACCUCUGGCGAUUGGGGGAGGGGUUCUUGGAGAUAUCUGGCUCUCGGAAGAGAGGGGUAAAGCAAUUGCGGUAUACUCACUUGCUCCCUUGCUUGGACCAGCAAUAGGACCAGUUUGUGGAGGCUGGAUUGCUGAGCGAUCGACAUGGCGGUGGGUAUUUUGGUCUACGAGCUUGGUUGAUGUCAUAGUACAAGUUACAGGGUUGUUCUAUCUUCGAGAAUCUUAUGCGCCAGUUCUACUCGAGCGCAAAGCGGAUCAGAUACGAAAACGCAUGGAUAUAGAACGUGAGCCCCAGAGGCUGGUGCGGACAGUUUUCGAUUCUGCUGGAGACUCACGGACGUAA